GCAAACCAGAGUCAAACUAUUUGCGAUCUGCACCUCGCGGACACUUUGGAUGCCAGACGGCUGUUAAAAACUUCGACGAGGCCCUUCCGUCCCGCUCUGGGCGAAGGGCCGCAGCCGCGGCCCACAAAAAUGAACCACACCAAUGGCCACCCCCUGGCGCGGUCUACGAGCCUCGUCUCCAGCCUCGACCUCGUCUCGUCGCCAGAAGAGCUGGGCAAGCGCAAGCGCUUGGAUACCAGGGACGGCAAGCGCCACCGGCGCAUGGAGUCCGCUCCUGUAUGAAACCGGCGCCGAAAAAUUUUUCGUUCAAUUCUUGAAAAGCGAAAGCGGGCGCCCGCCUGCCCUAAAAUGACGACACGGACCCCAUACACACGCGAGGACCCCAUCUAAACGUCUAACGGCCCCGAACGGCCGCCAAAAAAAAUAAGUUGCACGCGCGCCGGACGCGCGCCGGUUUCGAGACGCUUCGAGAGACCGCCCUCACGCCACCGACGCGACACACGCAGGCGAACCUCUUCGGCCUCGGCGACGAAUCCUUCGACUUCAACAAUUCUUUUGGCCAGGACGACGAUUUUAUGAACGAAAGCAUCGGGAGCCGGGGCCUCCAGGACUUCGGGGACCUGCGCGACCCCUCGGAUCUCUCCAUGGACCGGUCGCCGGCGUCCCUAGAUACGUUCGACAUGCCCAACUCGUUUGAUUUAGUUGCGCAGCAGUCGGCGACGGUCUUUCCCGCGCCAAGUCCCUCGACAGCAAGGCAGCACUUCCCGCCGGCGCAAAAAACGCGGCAGCAGUCGUCGCAUAGUCUAGACAUGCCGGAAGGGGCGCCAUCAGUUCCGCCCUUCAACCCCGAGGAAGGGUUGUCGCCGGACACCAUUACGAACCUCCGGAAGACCUUGGAAGCGACGUCGCCGGCCUCCAUGCCCGCGAUCCCGCCCCAACAACCACGACAAAGGUCGCCCCGCGCCGCGGAGUGCGCCGAAUUUAAACCAGCGCAGAAGUCGGACGAGACCCGAGGUAAAUACAAGUGCGGCCGCUGCGGCCAGAUCAAGGUGAACCACAUCUGCCCCUUCGCGCCAGCCCAGCCGCGAAACGCCGACGCCCAGACGGACGAUCCCCGAAGGCCUGUGCGCACGAACGAUCGCGACAAGUACGUCGCCGUGACACCGAAAGUCGACGCGAUGACGGACGACGAGUUGACGCCGCGGCCCGCGCCGUCCGCCGACGGCGACCACAGCUUCCGGGAGCGGACCGUGAAGGUCGGCACCUUCGUGCCGGCCAUCGCUGUAGUUGAUGAAGACGGCCCGGGGAAGAGGUCUCAUAGGAGAACAGCAUCGAGCGCGUCCACCGGCACGGUCGAGACGCUCAUGGACACCGAUCCUCCGUCGAAGCCGCGACGGAAAGGCGUGAAAAGCGAGGCGACGACGCCGCGGCCCGGGCCUCCCACAUUUGUACCGCACCCCUGGGCCGCGGCCUUUGCCUCGGCGACCAAGGCGGGGCCGCCGUCCAUGAUGUCGCGAUCAUCCUCCUCUCUGGACUCGACGGCGUCGGGGCCGGCACCGGCUCUCGCGUUCCCGCCUUAUAAUCCUGCGGCGUUUGCCGCGGCUUGUGCGGCCAGAGGAAUACCACCGCCGCCGCCGUUCUUCGCGGGCCUGCCGCCGCGGCCCUUCUUCGCGGCGGGACCCCUGCCGCCGGGCGCCGUACCAUUACCGCCGGGCGUCGUGCCGGCGCCGCCGCCGCGCGGGAUGAUCCCGCUGCCGCCGCGGUUGGGGGGCUUUCGGGCCCCGGCGCUCAUGGGCCAGCUCGCGCACCUGACGCCGGCGCAGCUCCAGGCGCUCGCGGCGAUGCCGCAGGUCGCGAUGCACGCGAGGCCGCCGCCGGGCGCUCCAGCGCCGCCGCGACCACCGCCACCGGUCCCAAAAACCGAAGCGUCCUGACGACAACCCUUGUAUCCUAUUAAAUUCAGUUUUUACCGUGCUCUCGUCGAUGGCGUCCUGGCGAAUGCCAGCCUAGUUUUCGGUACGCCAGCUCCGGAAUGUGUCUUCUUCUUCUUAGUCACUCGCACAGGAGCACAGGGGGUAGGGUUACUUCCGGCCGCGCGUCUACUC